AUGGAGCGAGUUCGCGUCAACCCGGUUGUCCCCGGGUUUUCCCCCGAUCCUUCUCUUGUUUAUGUGGACGGCACCUACUUUCUUGUUAAUUCGACCUUCCACAUGUACCCCGGAUUGCCAGUCUACGCCUCCAAGGACUUGAGGGAAUGGAAGCAUAUUGGAAAUGCACUUGACGGGCCUCGACGGAUGACUCUACAACAGUCCAUGACCAAACUAGUCGGCCCCGAGGCUCCGGAUGAGAGAAUAGCUGCCCAGGGUGGCCUGAUGGCUCCCUCGAUCAGAUACCACAGGGGGACCUUUUAUAUCGUCUGCACUAAUGUUUUCCACAGACCACCCUUCCUACCCAACGGUCGCGAGUAUCAAAACUUCAUCCUGUCUACUACAGAUAUCUGGGCGGAUGAGUGGAGCAACCCGGUCUUUUAUGACUUUAAUGGAAUUGACACCAGCCUGUUCUGGGAUGAUGACGGGCAGGUUUAUGUUCUUGGUGCCGCGGGUCCUGGCCCCGAGAGCCGGAUUAUGCAAUUCCAGAUUGAUCUCCACACUGGGGCCAAGCUAUCCGAGGAGAAGCUGCUCUGGGAUGGGAUCACAAAGGUCUUCCCCGAGGGUCCGCACAUGUACAAGAAGGACGGGUGGUACUACCUUCUAAUUGCCGAAGGGGGUUGCUUUGCUGAUCAUCAUAGCAUCAUGGCCCGGUCGCGAGAUAUCUGGGGUCCCUACGAGGUGAACCCGGCGAACCCCGUGCUCCCCAAGGCAGACCCUACCGGUUAUGUCCAGUACACGAGCCACGGGGACCUUUUCCAAGAGGCUGAUACUGGCGAAUGGUACUUUGUGUGCUUGGGGGUUAGAAAGAACAAUGGCCGAUUUAUCAUGGGCCGCGAAUCGGUCCUCACCACAGCAACAUGGCCUGAGGGGGAAUUCCCCGUAAUCGACCCCGUGCGGAUUGAUGUGCCCCUGUCACUGCCCCUCGCCACCACCAAGAAGCAGGGGUUACCAUUCGAAUGGCCUGUCAAGAGAAGGCUGGACCGCCCACAUGUCGCCUACCUGCGCAUCCGCGAUCCUGUCGAGGAAAACUACCAAUACGACGGAAAUACUGUCAGUUUGACAUCGAGCAAAGCGGACCUAGACCAAUCCAAGGAGCCUGUGACUUUUACUGGGAAGCGGCAGAGGUUGCUGGAUGGCUCAGCGUCGGCGACCCUCGAGUCACUUGGCGAACUGGGUACAGCACGUUCAGCAUUCAAGACGGGGCUCUGUUACUACAAGGACGAAUAUCGGUUCGUCCGUGUUUACCCAGACAUAGACUCUCAGGAGAUCUUCUGGGAGAUGGUCAACAAGGCCAGGGGGAUCGAACGGAGAACCUCUCGCAGCGAGCGUGCGCUCGGCCAAGCCGCGAACAUUACCUUUGGAAUUGACUAUACCGAGUUGGAAUUCACGUUCUGGUAUUCGAUUGACACGAAAGCGAAGCGGGAGCUCGCCAGGAUGGAUAGUCUGGACAUGACUGGGCACGACUUUGUGGGCCCCGUGAUUGGCAUCUACGCCGUCGGCGCCGAGUCACGCAAGGUACGGUUCGCGAAUUUCCAAGUAGAGGGGGUGUAA